AUGUUAUAUUUGUUAUCUAUGCUAAAUUUGUCUUUCUUUGUUGAUAUUCUUAUUGUCAAAAGUGAUAAAAAUAAAGGCAGCCAAAACUGGAAAAGAGCAAUUUGAGUCAGAUAUAGAUUGGAAAUAUUGCGAUUAAACAGAAAUUUCAGAGUCCUCAGUAUUUAUCUUGAUACUUUAAUCGUCCUUGAUUUAUCAGACAAUUUUGAAAUACAACUGAGUCUAUCUCGAUAA